GGAGCAUACGUUUACUUACAGUAGAGUUUUAUUUUACACGUUAAUAUUUUAUAUAAAUGCUGUAGAGAUUUAAAAAUCAAUUAGUGUCAAAGUGUCUAGAUUGCAAAACGUUUCUACACAUCUAACAGAUGCACCGAUUAUUCAUUUACAAGUCAUUAAUAUUAGAAUUAAAAUAUUUGUUGUUAUCAAAAUCAUUAUUGCAGAACUACACGUGCCCACGCUUGUGCAAUCACUAUAUAUACUUGUGCUCUACGUCCAAAUGAUUGGACUGAAAAGGUGUGAAUAGAAAGCAACGCUAUGCGAGCAGUUUAUGAAAUGAAAUGAAAAGGAGAAAGUUGAAAGUGUGCAUCUUUAUGGUAAACAGUUUCAUAUGGGAGAUGCAGUAGUUUGGCUUACGAAUCUGACUUAUUUUGGUGCAUUUAUUAUGAAAUGAAUGUCAUAUUUUACAACUGAAGCCCUUUUUCUCAUGAUUAAGACAAACUAGUAAGGAUAUGAAAAGUCAGCCUCGUAACGAUUUGGGCCUGAUUCACCCAUUAGUUCUAAUUACUAUUAUACCUGUGUUGACUUCUGGUGGUUAUGGGUACGACUCAGCUUCAUCAUGUGAUCCAAAUGCUUCUCGGAAAGGAAGGUCCGCACAAUUACUACAAUCCAUUCCUUGCGAUCUAAGCGUACAGGCAUAUUGUAAUCUACCAGGAUCUGCGUAUCCAUGGCAUGCAGUAAGGAGAUUCGUUCAUGAAAAUCAAGGAUUGAUGCGUAGAAUGUAUGGAGAUGUGCGACACAUAUCAAUUUUACAAGCAGAAAUCGACAAUAACGAUAUCGACAUUGAAGAUAUUCAUCGAACUGCAGAGAGAUAUUCAAGGAAAAAGGCUGGCAAAAAGAUGAAACACGUGCAUUCAACACAGUUUGAAUACGUAAGGGAAAAAAAUAACGAUGUAAUAACUGAACCCCAUUUCAGACCCACUCAGAAAAGCUCAGCUUUUAAGUCAAAAUUGAAAACAUCCUCAACUACAAAUCCAACCAUAAUCAACGCUAAUAUGGAAUCAACAACUUUGAGCACCAUAAGACCAGAUUUUUUGAACAUCUCUCAACCUACCACAGAAAUUGGUCAAGAAAAAAAAGAUCAACAUAAAAAUAGCAACACCACCACUAAAGUUGAAGGAGAAAAGAUCGACAUUGAAAAGUUAUCUACAAUUGCGAAUCUGGAGACAAAUAUAGAGUUGGUUGAAAAUGUUUCUACCACAACAGUCAAAACUAUUGAUUACACCAUCGGCGUAACAGGCAGCUCGGCAAUCCCGGUAGCAAAAGAAGCUGAAGAAGAAAUCAAUGCACAAACCAGCAUUGAUGCAAGUACAAUAUCGACAACUACAACCGAUGGUGAGGAAAAGAUACAGCCACAAGAACAUAACAUCCCCGAGAUUUCCACGGACAAAUUAGAUGAUAAAUCUAAUCAAAUAGAGCAAAAUAAAACAGAAGUUAACGCUUCUAAAUCUCCAGAAGGGCUGCUUUUCCAAGAUGCUGCACAAAAAGAUCCACCGACAAUAAACAUGCGAGGAGUGAACGCAUGUCCUGUUAAAGAAGAAGUCGUCGCUCCCUUCUGGGCAAACAACACAAGAGGUGAAGUGUUGGCUUUACUAAAUCUGUAUCCAUUUGAACAAUAUGUUCAUUGGGAAAAGUGUUCUUAUGAGUUCAAACAAAUGUACUGCCGAGAAGGAUGUCGCUGUGAGCAACAGUAUAGAUUACACCGUUUGCUGGCUUAUGAUCCCCACAAUGAAUGCCGAGGAAUAUUUUCAGAUUGGUUUAGGUUUCCUUCAUGUUGCAUUUGUAAAUGCUACGAUCUGCCGUAUGAUUUUCGCGUAACUUCGCGAAGCCCGAGAACAAUAGCAAGAGAGACAAUACAGUAUGCAGAAGAUGAAUUGCAAAAUGCAAUUUACGGUCAUGCUACUGAUGAUUGGUAUCGACCGAAAGACGAUGAUCAUAUCUGAAAUCUUUCUAUGCAUUUGAUGUAAAUUUAUAAUUAUGAAAUACAGUCAUUUUGAACUCAAACUGCACUUA